UCCGGCUUCUAUCGUCGUGGGACUUGAUCUUGUGGCUUUGUCGAUGGAAUUUUUAGCUGCUUCUGCGUCCGUCGUCGGAGCUCUGCGUGCUGCCGAUCUGGACUCUCCCCUCGCGCGCUCCUUUGCAGUAACCCCCCCCCCCCCCUCCGAGGUCAAGAAAGUGAUAUCUGGGCGUCUUCCAUUUUUCGGAGCGUCUGAGUGGCGCUUCGUUCACAUUGAAGAACAGGGUUGAAUCAGUGGUAGCAGCCAUGCCCACCGAACUUCUCAGCAUUCAGCCUGGGGAUCUGAAGUUUGCAUUUGAGUUGAAGAAACAGAUAUCAUCUUCUCUUCGGCUAGUCAACUCUACCGAUCACCAUGUGGCCUUCAAGGUCAAGACUACUUCCCCGAAGAAGUACUGUGUGCGGCCGAACACAGGCAUCGUUCAGCCUCAUAGCAGUGCAGAAGUUACGGUUACAAUGCAAGCCCAGCGAGAAGCCCCUCCAGACAUGCAAUGCAAGGACAAAUUUCUUGUCCAGAGUGUCAUAGCACCAAACUCAGUGGAGGUUACUCAAGAGAUGUUCAACAAGGAAGAAGGAAAAGAUGUGCACGAAGCUAAGCUUAAAGUUGUGUAUGUUCCUCCGCCCCAACCACCAUCACCGAUUACAGAAUCAAAUGAAGAAGAGGGAAACUCACCGAAGGCUGCUGGAACGGUAGAUAAUGGCGAUCGGCACCAUUUACUUGCUGACCCGACGACAAAGACUGAGAGCGAGUGGAAGUUUAAGCUGAAUGAGGCCAAAGCUUCUCUAAAUGCCCUGACUGAAGACCGAAAUCAAGCUCUACAGCAAAUGCGAACUUUACAGCAGGAGUUGCAAGCGUACAAAAGCGGGAACGCAAAAUCUGGUGGUGGCUUAGCGCUAAAAGACUCUCAGAAGUCGCAAGCAGGAUUUUCGUUUUUGUUUGUUAUACUUGUUGGCUUGUUGGGCAUGCUUGUAGGUUAUCUUCUUGGAGGGUAGACCUACGAAUUGCUAAGUUUACUUGAACAAGUAGUUACGGAGCAGGAGCUACAUUUACCUAGCUCAAUGUGCAUGAGUACCUCUAGCUUGGUGGGGAGUAGCCCUGCCCUAUUUGGAGUUUCUAGAAUAGGUUACUUUUGUAUCUAUGGUACAGAGGCAGGUUUUUUUCUUCUUUUUUCUUCUUUUAGGUCGACACUUUUUCCAACACCUGUGCUAGUAAGCGUCCAGGUCUAGUUGGUAGUAGGGAUGGGUAUGGAUUGUUCUAGAUCAUGCAAGCAGCUUUUGAUCUGUUCUGGUAGUCACAAUAGUGACAGUAUUUUUUAUUCACAUUUAGUUUAUAUGAAUAAAUUGCAUUCAAAGAUGGUUUUCACUUCUCAA